AUGCCAAACAAAACCAAGAUUCUGAAUUACAUGAGGCCAGCUAUGGCUAUCAUCCCAGACGUAGCUGAACCAGAAAGAAGAAUUCUAUUUAAAUAUAGAGCACUUUGGACAGCCAUAGCAACAUUGCUGUAUUUGAUUUGUUCAUAGAUCCCACUUUAUGGUAUUUACAAAUCAUCUGCUGGUGAUCCAUUUUAUUGGAUGAGAGUCAUCUUGGCAUCAAACAGAGGUACUUUAAUGGAAUUGGGUAUUUCACCAAUGGUCACAGCAUCUAUGAUAAUGUAACUAUUGGCUGGUGCCAAAUUGAUUGACGUUGAUUAGAAUGUAAAGGAAGACAAAUAACUGUAUUCAGGAGCAUAAAAAUUGUUGGGAAUUCUUAUUGCUUUUGGAGAAGCCUUCGCAUAUGUCUGGUCAGGAAUGUAUGGAGAUUUGGAUAAAUUGGGUGCAGGAAAUGCAAUUCUUAUUAUAAUAUAGUUGGUAUUUUCAGCAAUCGUCAUGAUUAUGAUUGAUGAAUUACUAUCAAAGGGAUAUGGAAUUGGAAACUCAGGAACUUCUUUGUUUAUAGCUAUAAAUAUCUGUGAGAACAUUAUGUGGAAAGCAUUUUCACCAAUUACUCACAAAACUGAAUUGGGAUUAGAAUAUGAAGGUGCCAUUAUUGCAUUAUUACAUGGAUUGUUUGUAUAGAGUGACAAAAUAAGUGCUCUUCAAUCAGCCAUAUUGAGAGAUUCAUUACCAAACCUAACUAAUUUGUUAGCAACAGUAUUGGUCUUUUUGAUUGUCAUCUACUUCUAAGGAUUCAAAGUCGACAUCCCAAUCAAAAACAAUAAAGUCAGAGGAGGAUUAACAUCAUAUCCUAUCAAAUUAUUUUAUACCUCCAACAUCCCAAUCAUCCUAUAAACUGCAUUAGUAUCAAACCUCUAUUUCCUUUCAUAAAUUCUUUACAGAAACUUCAAGGGUAACUUCUUAAUCAGAUUAUUGGGAUAUUAUCAAGAAUUAGAGAAUGGAUAGACUGUUCCAAUUGGAGGAUUAGUGUAUUAUGUGUCACCUCCAAGAUCAAUUUCAGAAGCUAUCUUCGAUCCAAUCCACACCAUCCUCUAUACUGCAUUCAUUCUUGGAACUUGUGCUGUGUUCUCAAAAACUUGGAUUGAUGUUUCAGGAUCAUCACCAAAAGAUGUUGCCAAAUAAUUGAAGGAACAAGACAUGUAAAUCGUUGGAUACAGAGAUUCAUCAAUGAAAGACGUGUUAAAGAGAUACAUCCCAAUUGCUGCUUCCUUUGGAGGUAUGUGCAUUGGUGCUUUGACCAUUCUUGCUGAUUUCUUGGGUGCCAUCGGUUCAGGAACUGGUAUUUUGUUGUCUGUUACAAUCAUUUAUGGCUAUUUUGAAACCUUAAAGAAGGAAAAAGAAUAGGGUACAUUAGAGUUGUUUUGAUAUUAUUAAAUAUUUUUUUAAGUACAUAACAUUU